AUGGGACUGGAGGUGUCAUCGGGGUUCAACACCGCUCGACAGGAUCACGUAAACAAGAUUCUGCAGAUCUUCAGACUACAACGGCGUCUAUCCAAAUCCCAAGCUAUCACACGGAAUACUCUACAGAGGUCGAACUCGUAUCAGAACGAAGGGCAAUCGAAGUCGUCCUUAGGUCAAUCGCACAGAAUUGACUCGGAUGAUGAGAUCUGGGCAACUGACGAGAAUAGCACCACGACAGGACCGGAAGAUGAAGCUGGAAUAUUGAAAGGGAACGCGUCAAUGCUUGGAGGAUGGGAAAGUUUGGCUUACUCUAAAUUGGAGCUGGAGUCGGACGCUGCAAACGCCAGAAUGAUAGUGCAUCUAUGGAAGACGUAUUUCUGCUGGCAAUACGGUUCGCAUUGCGUUGUGUACCGUCCGGUCUUCAUUCGCGAUAUGGCUUUGGGAGGUCCGUAUUUCAACCACUUCCUCUUGAACGUCAUAUGCGCACGUAUGAGUGGAUUCAUGGGCGGAAACAAAAAUGGACUAUCCACCCCCGCAUUGGCCUUAGGAGCAGACUUUAUGAACCGUGCCAAGCUGCUGUUAGCUGCUGAGAUGGACAAGGACAGAGGGAAUGCGCAUGUGGUAACCUGUCGCAGGGGUGGAUGUACACAGGGUGUGUUCACUGAGUUGGAGCGGGAGCUGACAUGUAGUAUGGCGUUUCGAGCAAUGCGUGAUCUGGGCAUUCACCUUGAUUGUAAUCGUCUUCCGAUAUUUGGCUUUGGGACUAUGUCAGCGGAAGACCGGGAGGUACGACGCCGCUUGUUCUGGUCAGCUUUCACUUGGGAUAAGAUAAUGAGCUUGGCUCUCGGUCGGACACCUACAUCCAACGCUUGGCAGAAUGCAUCACCCGGGCCGAUCGUGGAUGAUACGGAAGAUGAUUCAGAGUGGAAACCGUAUUUCUGGGACGAUGCUAUGCCACCGGAGCUCACUCACUAUUCUGUCCAAAAGUCGCUUAUGACUUCGAACUUCAGGCAUUUCAUCAAGUUGUGUGAAAUCAUACAAAAAAUCAUCAUGCGGUUGUACAACGGUCGGGUCACGCGAAUUCGCAGUCACAAUUUCGUAGAUCAAAUGAAGCAUCGAUUGACAGAGUGGAUGGACCAAUUGCCAUCAGGGCUCAAAUUGAAUGUCAAUGCUUUGCCAGAGCAUUGUCCACCCCCUCACAUCUUCUCGACCAAGAUAUACCUGCCUAAUGCCGUGCCAGUUCGGACUGCUGCACCACCCAGUAUCACCGCAUCAGCAGCAGCGACGUGCACCAGAAUGGCAGAGGAGCUUCAUCAGCUGUUCUUAUUAUACUCCAAAACUUUCAAAUUGCGUAAUAUGACUUAUACCUUGACCUGGUCUAUGUACUCCGCGGCAACUAUCAACGCGAUCGAUUUCCAAUCGACGGAUCCAGCUGUAGCCGCUGCUGCGAGCCCUCGGCUGAGCAUGUCUCUGCAUGUUCUUGAGCGCGGUAUGCUUACAGACUCCUGGCACCCAGAGGUCCAUCGAGAUCAUCAAGCAGCGUUUGCGCACACCUGCUAUACGUCCGGUGAACCGUCAGGGAGAGAAUCUAAGUGGAAAUGA